UCCAAGCGCAUCUCCGACCGUCCAUCAAGGCCGAUCGCCAUUUCUAACGCCGCUGCCAAAAUUCCACGUCCGCGAUGAUCUCCCCCGUUUCUUCGUCUCCUGGUCGAGCGAAAGCCCUCCUCCUCCCUCGAUUCUUGCUUCGUCCCCUCGAUCGGAGGAAUCCAGAUCCAGGAACAUAGAUCGGUCGUAUUCCUCUCGGGUUCCUCCUCCUCGAUCUUGUGGAAGAAGGCGGCUCUGAGUUCUAGCUUCGCUUUCGAUUUUUGAAGCUCACCUCGGUUGUAGCUCCGCCUCGUGGUCGAUCCGAGACUGGUUUUCUAUUAGUUCGGCUUCUUUUCGUGUGAAAAUGGCGUCUCGGCCGGAUCAGGUGCCGGAUAUGCGGGUGUUCGAUGCCUACUUUCUGAGAGCAGAUGUGGAUCGGGAUGGGAGGAUCAGCGGCAAGGAGGCGGUGACUUUCUUUGAGGGAUCCAAUUUGCCGAGACCCGUUUUGGCUCAGCAGCAACAUCAGCCAAAUGUCACCGUAGCAGCCAUCGUCACCGCCACGGCAGCAGCCGCCCCUACCCCUGCCACCUUUGUCUCAACCUGCGCUCCCAUCCCUACCCACACUCGUGCCCCUGCCCGCAACCGUGUCCACGUCCGUGCACCUGCCCGUGCCAAUGUUUGUGCCUCUACCACCGCCCGUACUCCCGCGGCCACCCGUGCCCGUGCACCCGCUAGUGCAACUGCUCGUGCCUCUGCCACCGCUGGUGCUUCGGCCGUUCUUGCCGUCGCACCUGACGCCCCCGCCGGCAUCCUCGUCGCCACCGAUGGUGGGCUGCCGUCUCUGCCGCAGCCGCAGCCGCAGCAGCAGCCGGAGUCGCAGUUGCACCGCAGCAUCAGCCGGAGUCGCAGUCGCAGUUGCUCUUGUUGUUUCCACCGCAACCGCAGAAACCGUUGUGGCUGGAGGAGAUGGAGCAGAUGCCUGUUCGCAGCCCCGACCUGCCUUUAAAAACCAUAAGGAGGAUCAUGAAGCCCAAACAGAUGGAGAACCGGAUUACCCCUGAUGUCCCUUUGUUGCUCGCCCGUGCCUGUGAGGUAUUAAUCAUGGACAUCACACAGCGAGCAUGGGAUAUGACCGACGAGCACAUCCGCACUGCUCUGAGCAGAGAAGCCGUAGCUGCCAUA